GCCAUCGCGCACGUAUUUUUUUAUCGUUAUUAGUUAUUUGGAUAUUUUAGUGGGUUUUUUGUGUUUAAAUCAUGGGAAAACGAAAACACCACGACGAAGAAGAGUAUUUGGCUCGAAAAAUCAGAAAAUACGAGAAAAAGAUGUCUCGAGUUCGCCGUAAACAAAGGAGUUACCGCAGUGCAUCCAUUUCAAGUUUAGAACGUGAUCGAUAUUCGGAUAACGAAUACCCCGGGUCGCCGCAGGAGACUCCACAAAACGGAGGAGCCCCUUAUGAAGUAAAUUUUACAUUAAAUCAAACUUCACAUUCAAACGUCUCGGCUACCAAUAGUAUAUCCGUGCCCGCACCGACGGCAACUUUUGCUCCCGCACCUGAUCCUACUUCUGUUGUUAUACCCGUGGCCACGUCCACGCCAAAUAUACCGCCGCCGCUAGAAAAUGCGCCUACGGAAGGUAUACAGGAAUUAGACCUACAACCUGAUAUUUUGUGUUUACUCGGAGAAGAGCCUGUGAGGGAAGAGAAGUUCGGUGUGAAUGUUCACAAAGACAUUGCUAGCCGCUGGUCUGAUAUAUUAGUUAAUGGUAUUAAGGAUCAAACUAAAAAUGAGAUAUUGAAGGCCUAUAAUGUACCUGAUAAUCUUAGAGUUGCUCAGGCUCCGACACUUAAUCCUGAAAUAAGAGCGGCGGUGAAUGAAAGUGCCUUGAAGAGAGACGAUAUUCUGAUUGAUAAACAGAAGAUUUUGUCUGUUGUCAUAACAAGUUUGGCAAAUACAAUCACGUCUGUUUUGACAACUACUUCCAUCGACGAGACGUUCAAGUGUCAGAUGUUAAAAUGCCUUAGUGAUGCCGGUAGACUCUUGUGUCAUGCACAUUAUGAUGAGACACAAACUAGAAGGAAUUUUUUGCUGUCGUGCCUUAACAAAGAGAUCAAAGAUAGUGUUAAGGACCUUAAACGUGAUCACAUGUUAUUUGGUACUGAUCUUCAAGAUAAUUUAAAAUCUAUGAAAGCUAUUAUAAAACAGGUUCCCAGGCCCGCCACCGCCGCAGUCACAGCCUCGCCGCGCGCCAGCGAGACCGAACCCGACGGCUGGUGGGCGCAAGCAGCAGCCAUCAACGCGCCGUGCGACGGACCGUCGUGCUCCACGUCAGCAGAGCCGGCCCUCGCGCCGCUAGCCGAGGUGAACGGCACUAAUGUACAGGCUGUCGCGAACACAAGCUUCAAGAGAGUCUUACCCUGGUUGCCGGAGUAUUAUCAGGCAGGCGUUCCUGAGGCAGGGUUCUCCUUCUGCUGCUGCCGACGUCAUGUUAGCGUCAUUAGCAGAGAGUACACUUAG